GCGCGAAAUCUAAAAUAACAUUGUCCCCGUUUUUGUGGUGCUCGCAAGAGGCAUUUCGUUCCUCCCCGUCCCCCUUCUAUUCCAUAAUUUUAGCUUUAUUUAUUGCACUUCAUUUCUCGAAAAUUGUAGAAUAUGGCCUCCGUAAAAAGUAGAAACCACAGAGGCAGAAAAGAUGAAGAUCAUGACUUUCGGAACUGGCGAUCGCCUCAUCACAAAUCGAGUGUAGCAGAUCAUUCUCGUUACGGCGGCGGCAGAAGAGACCAAAAGUCAAACCAAGACAUGUCGCGAGAACAUGGCGGUAUAGACAGAAAUGGCAGCCACAGAACAAGAUAUCGACAUGACAGAGAAAGCAAACAUCAUCGUUGGUCGAGUGACAGACGGGUUGAACUGCGGAGCAGAAAGCCUGAUGUUUUCAGCAGCGUCGAGUUUCCUCCCCUCGGGGCAAAGGAAACUCCUAGCACUAGUAGUAACACAUGGUACACACCAGACCCUGUCAGAUUGACCAGCCAACGUCACAGCAGCUCAUCCAGCACGGAUUGGGCCACACAGAUCGAACAAUUUGAGAAGGACAAGGAGCGGGCACUGCGGGACAUGAUGCGCUACAAGCGACGACUGCUCAUGUCCGAGUCCAGCGACGGCAGCAACGAGGAUCAGGAGAACCUAAAGAUCAACACGAAUGCUGAGCCGAAGAAGGAGUAUGAGACCGACGAAACUGUCAUCAUUCGCCGCCAAAAGCAGAUCGACCUGGGCAAGAACACUCUUGGUUAUGACAACUAUUUACGACUAGUUCCAAAAUAUAAGCGAGUGAAGAACAAGCACAUUUCGACUCCCAACAAGUUCCAGAAAUGCAGCCGACGAGCCUGGGAUGGACUGAUAAAACUGUGGCGCCGAAAACUCCACGAGUACGACCCUGAGGGCACCUACAAACCUGAGAGAGUUGCUAGGAAGGAACUGCAUUUCUCUGACUCCACCUCUGAAACACCCUCCGAAGCUUCCUCAGAGCAAGACCCAACGAUGGAUGUUGAGCUCAACAGCUCCGUAUCAUCUGCCAUCAGUGACUACCUGGCCAGUAACGAGAGCAGUCGCCCCGACACCCCCGACAACGCCAGCCGGCCCGAAACACCGACGACUGAGCUGAAGGGUCUGACGGUCAGCGAUCAGAUGAACGGCAACUACCGGACAGAAGAUCUGGCGAUAAGUAAGGUCAUCUCGCAGAGCACAGAUGCCGCUACCCCAAAUGCAACGCAGACCCCUAGCGUGACCCCGGCUGACCACGAAGUUGAAGGUCAGGGCCUCAUCCACACGAUGCAGGUCAACCCAAGCGACCUCAUCGCUGCUCUGCGCCAAGCCGCGGGGGCAGCUCAACCUCUAACCCAGCUGACCAUCAACCCUCACAUGUACAUUCCCCCACAGCAGACCUCUAACCUCAAGUCCCACUCCAUUGCCGAUGUGCCCAUCCAUUCAUUCCACUGUUCCCAUGACGACAAUGCCAACAGAAAGUUGCAAGAAGGGGGAAGGAAGGAAGGGGAUAUUUUCGACCAUUUCGAUCUAGACGAGUGCUUCAUGAAGGACAGCGACGUUAUUGCAUAGGGCAUUGGUGAGUUCAGUGAACUAAAACCGAUCGAGCGCUCUACCCUGCUCGGUCUUUUUGUUUUUGCCAGUGGCCAGAACGGAGGAGAAAUACCUCCACAAUACUCAUGGUCAUACAGUCAAAAAGGCCACGGGAAGUGCUUACUUUACUUCUCACAGAACGCCAUUUCGAUACAAACCUGUGUUGUGACUUACCUCAAGUAGUAGGUAACUGUGACUGGCUGCUUGUUGAAGACCAUGGCCUGUGGACUUACAGUACUACAUAAUUGGGAACAUUUCACAGACUUUUCUGCUUUGGGCUAAAACUUAACUUUACAUCUACACAAAAACAAAUGCUUUGAAUAUCACAUUUCAUAAUUUUUAAAUGACUGAAAGUUUUAACAAGAAGAGAUUUGAAGUUUUUUAAAUAAUUUUUUAUCCACAACAAAUGUGGCUCAUUAAACUUUUUAAUUUUGUUUUUUUUUUAAUCAGUAGUUCUGAAAAAACUAGUUUACGAAGUUGGUACAACUAAUAUAUUUUGGAUAAUCGUACCCUUUGGGUUGAUCUUUGCAUGUUUGGAAAAAUGUACAGUUUUGGGUCUAGUUUAUCUCUUUACCACAGAUCAAAUAUUUCCGUUGUAACAUUUGAUAUUCUGUGUUCUUGUAACUUCAUUAGCAUUGAAACUUUAGCAUGUGUACUUGUAGCUGAAUGAAAGGUCUAAAGAUUUCUGUUACGUCCAAAGAGGAUUUCGAGAGAUUUGAGGCAGGGGCCAUGCUUGGAUUUUAUUUUAUUUUAAAUUUUACAUGUACCGUAAAAAAAAUUUCUUAACACCAUCAUGACCAGUUACAAUGGGCCCGCUGGUAUGUUUGCUUACUUAUCAGACAGUGUUGAAGUGUAUUUAUUUCGAGAUAAAGGUGUAAAAAAAAACAGCAUGGGUAAAUAGGAGAUCAAAACAGAAGCGUUCAGUACCUUUGACAUCCUGGGUCAGAGGUCACACCUCAAACUCAACAACUUAGAUAUCAUGCAAUGAGUUCUUACGGUGGACCAAGUACUAAAAAGUCCUAAUGAGGAAAAAUAACUUCACAAUCAAAAGCUAACGGUACAAAAACUUGGACACGUAGAUGUGAAGACACCAAAAUGUAAAUACUGAAGAAAAAUUCCAGAAAUCUUUUAAAAACCAUUGUACAGUUUACCACCCAUCUGUCCUGCUAUUUAUCUUCUGAAUGCCAAACUUAAGUUUUUUCAACGUAUUCCCCCCCCCAAAUUAAUGUUGUAAGAUUCAAACACUUUUAAAGUUGUAAACUGCUCUUUCAAAAAAUAACAGCCUUUCACUUAAAUAAUUUAACAAAGUUGAUAAUUUACAUGUAUAUCCAGUGAUAAGGAGGGCACAGCUGCGAUGACUAUCCCUAUAAAAAGCAUUUCUUUUCAUGAUUUUAUUUUCCAUGAUUUACAUGAGCGUUAGAUGGAAAAUUAAGAGAUGUACAAAUUGUGGUUUCUAAAAACAAUGUUACAUCAGACUAGGUUCUUUCUUGCUGUUAGU